CCGCGGACUUCCGGGUUGUAUUGUAUUGGUAGUGUGUGCCGGCGGCUACGGAAGAAAAUGCAUUUUUCGACUCAUGGUGAACUUUCAAGGGUUGAGGCCAGCUCCCCUUUUCCAUUGUGUGAAGAUGGCGAAGAGAACAAGAAAAAAAUCUGUUCCUCCGGGAGUGGUUGCUAGGUUGUCCCGGAAGAAAUCGCCUACUUGGAUGGUGGUUGGGAAUGGAAUUACGUAACCUUUUUGGAGGAACCCUCUUCCGGUAGUCCCAGACUUGAAGGGGGUGCGAGAAUUUUCUCUCUUUUUGCCAUGGACAUUUUUGUUAUGUAAGCGAUUUUCUCCUCUCGGUCACGCAAGUCGUCUAUCGAGGCGUUCUGAAAUUGAUAACCACAAAUCGAAGCUUGUGGUGUUGAGCAAAAUGUCACCUCUUUUCCAUUCGGAAUUUUUCCCUACGUCACGUUCCAGCCGGCUUUGUUCCAGGAACAGUUUCUCUCUCUAGGUUCAAAAAUGUUCCUCCCCCCAAACCUGCGUUUCAGUGUGUUGUUGGUUCCAGCGAAAUUGAGGAAGGGAGUUGUGCGCACCAAAUGUGUGCGCCUGUUCACAUCUUUACCCAAAUAUGAAAAAUGUCAAAAAAUAUCUUGUGAUGCAAAAAUAAAAGUCAAGCAAAAGUAAUUAUAUUCUGCGUAAGUUUCGCGAAAUUCGAAGAAAAAUUCACGUUGAAGUGCAAACUUUUCCAGGACGUCUCACAAACACUUGAAGAGGGAGAGCAGAGAGUAGCAGAGCCUGCUGGGACACAGAAGCAGAAGCAGAGUCCUCAUCAUCAUCAGUCAACAGAAGCAUCUGAGAAGGCGCUGCCGGAGUUCGGAAUUUUUGGAGGAUUGACCCCGGGCGUAGAAACGAUCCCACUCAGACCCAACCCCCAACCACCGCACCAUGCUGGACAACGACGACGACGUGCUGCGUUCCGAGCUUGAAGUGCGAGAACGGCGCGGAGGUCGGUACGGCGAUGCCUACCGGGACCGAUACCGGGAUGACCAUCGCCAUCGACGGGAUCGGAGCCGUGAUCGAGAUCGCGACGAUCGGCAUCGGUCGGAUCGACGCACCGACCGGUAUCGCGGUGGAGACCGUUACGAGCGUGAUUACAGUUCUAGGGGUGGCAGCAGCAGAAGAGACAGAAGCAAGAGUCGUGAGCGGCGGAGACGUAGCAGGUCGCGCGAGAGUAAACAUCGAGACAGAUCUCGCGAGCGGUCGCAUGGACGGGGAGAACAUUCAAAGGACAGGGAUCGCACGAGGCGGGAUCUUUCGGUGGAGAUUGAGCAGGAGUUGCAGAAUCUGCGCAAGUUGUCGGACAUGAAGGCCGCACUGGCCAAGGCCAAACAGCAAGCGAGACAGAGUGAUUCGGAUGACACCGAACGGCGAAAGGAUAAGAUCGACUUUUCCCAACUCUUUAAACCAGUGGAGAAACAGAAAAAGGACGAUUUCAUGAAGCAGUUCAACAACGGCAAUAGCUCCAAAGCGGACUUCGUCCCGGAGAUUCAGACCGAAGAGGAGCGAAUCGAGUUUCAGAAAAAGAUGCAGGAAAAGCUGCAAGCUCAUCUGGCCGCCGAAGGCAAGCUGUACCCCAAACCGAAGCCCGGCCCCGCAAUCAACCCCGCAACGGGAUUCGCCAACGACGGGUCGUUCUUGGAAAUGUUCAAACAAAUGCAACAGCAAACGACGGCGCUAGCCAUGAUGCAACCGACCACCUCCAGCGCAAUCAUCCCGGAAGAACCGGCGGCGCUUCCAUACUACAUGGCUGCGGCCGCUCCCACCACCUCAGCGCCAAGCUUCACGCAAACGGUCAAGGAGCCGGUUCCGAUCCCGCUCGUCGGACGCCGCCGCGGCGGCAAGAUUCUCAAAACGGGCAUCGUGAAAAAGCCCAAACCGAUCGAGGACGCGACCGCCGACACGCCCAACGAUGCCUGGAAUCUGUACCUGCAGGAGGUGAAAAAGUACAAGAACGCAUCCUGUGACGCCGAUUCCAAAACGCGACCACUUGUCAAGUAGAGCGUGGUGCACUUUUCAGUAUGGUCGAGAGCGGAAGAAAGGAGGAGAAAAAAGUUGUGUGAAAGUUUAAUCGCGUAUUAUUAUUUCUUUUCUAGCGACUAGAAUUUAACCAAUAGUUAAGACUACAAUCGAUUGGAUUUGCGAGCGCAUCGUGACGCAAAAAUGUAUCAAAAUUGCAACAAAAUUAGUUGCAUCCAAACAACGAGAGUUUAUCAUCACGAUAGUAUCUUACUUAAAUUAUCUCUCCCGAUUUCUUUUAGUUUGUAAGAUUGUCUCCUAGGUUAAGUGUUUCUGGUCAAAAAAUGCAUUUUCUUGUACCACGCGCUCUGCACACACAUACACAAACUGGUUUACGAAUACUAAACUCUAGGCAGUGGAAAUGGAACAACUUUUUCUAUCAAUAUAUAGUGUCAUUGAUACCCAAAAAAACGAGCAAAUGUUUGUUUCGAUUGAACUGCGGUUGGGUGCUAUUUUCCCGGGUUUUAUAGAUAAUUGAAUUCAAAGAUUCUUGAAUGGGUCUGAACGAUUACAUAAACCAACAAAAAUUGUUUUUCUCCAAAGGUCGAAAGGAGAAUUAGGGCGGUUCGUCGCUUUAGCCAUCAACAAAUAAAUCGCUUGCGAUAUGUGCAAGGAGCGAACUGCACUAAUUCUUCAUUGUCAAACCAUUCGACUCUGUAUAUAUUUUUUAAUUCAAAGUGCGUGUGUUUCUGUCUGCAUUAAAUUUUGAGGACUGUCUUUACAAAAAAUCUAUAAAUAUGUUUAAAAAAUUGUAAAUAUUUCAAGAAACAUUUUAAAGAAAAUCGUAUAGUUGGAAAAUUUUCAAUUUCCGUUAGGUAGUCCAAUACCUUUUUCCAUAAUAAUUAGACAUAUUUAAAAAAACAUUUCUCUAGUUUAAAGAAAAAUACCCUUAAAAUUGUUUUCUUCUUUCCAAUGAAACCUAGAGCAAAAACAAAUGGCUCGCGCUUUUUCGAGAUAUUCCAAUUUUAAAAUUUGCAUUUUUAUUGCCAUCAAAUGGCAGUAACUUUUGCCUCUGAAGCCUCUGAAUGUUUUUAAUGUUUCAUUUGAUAAUCUACAAUUCUUGUUUUUACCAAGUUCACACGACGAAAGUUUGAUAAAAAUUCGUAACAUAAAGAUUUUUCAUGUAAUUGUUAUUAAAAUCGAUUCUGAAGAAAGAUUUUAUACAAAAACACCUAAUUUAAUAAGAAAUUUCAUCUUCUGAAAAUACCAAUA